AUGGCGGCAGCCGGAGCGUUCCGCGACGAACUGAUCAAGACAGCGAAUGCCAUUGCGUCGCCUGGCAAAGGAAUUCUUGCUGCAGAUGAAAGUACCGGAACGAUAGGCAAACGCUUUUCAUCAAUCAAUGUGGAGAACACUGAAGAAAACCGUAUCAGGUACCGGAAGCUGCUCUUCACUACGCCAGGGAUGAAUCAAUACAUAUCAGGAGUCAUCUGCUAUGACGAGACUCUCCGAUCCAAGGACAAGGCUGGGACUCCUCUCAUCAAGUAUCUGCAAGAUGCUGGCAUUGUGGUGGGCAUCAAGGUGGACAAGGGCUUGGAGGUCAUUCCUGGAACAGACGGCGAGACGAGCACGCAAGGGCUUGACGGCUUGGCGGAGAGGUGCAAGGAGUACUACAAGAUGGGGGCGAGAUUCGCCAAGUGGAGAGCUGUCUACAAGAUCUCUGCUAACGAGCCGUCGGACGUGGCGAUCAAGGAGAAUGCUUGGGCUCUCGCGCGAUACGGUGCCAUCUGUCAGAGCAACGGGCUUGUUCCGAUCAUCGAGCCAGAGAUCCUCAUGGAUGGCGACCACGACAUCGAGAGGACAGCACAAGUGACGGAGAAGGUGCAGGUGGAAGUGUACAAGGCUAUCCGAGACCAGCAGCUGCUGCUGGAAGGAACGCUCCUCAAGCCAAACAUGGUCUGCCCUGGCUCAGACAGCAAGGCUCGGGCCUCUUCCAUGGACAUCGCAGCCUACACCAUCCGAACUCUUCAGCGUUGCGUCCCCGUUGCUGUCCCAGGCAUCGUCUUCCUCAGCGGGGGUCAGUCCGAGGAAGAAGCGACGCUGAAUUUGAACGCAAUGAACGUCAUGCCGGCCAAGAAGCCUUGGGCUCUUACUUUCUCGUACGGUCGAGCGUUGCAGCAGUCGUGCUUGAAGGCAUGGAAAGGAGAGGAAAGCAACCUAGAGGCGGCACAAAACGUCUUCCUCGAUCGGUGCCGUGCCAACGGAGAAGCUCAGCUCGGAAAGUAUUCGGGCGGGUCGGGAGACACGUCGAGUUUGUUCCAAGCCAACUACAAGUAUUGAGACGAAGAGCCUCUUGUACAUAUAGCAGAGCAGCUCCGGGUUGCUCCGCGUGUG